CAAUAAUCUCGAAAAAUGGAUGGACGGGUUGGAUUUCUCAUAAACAUUACAGUUGACCCACCUUGCAUCCCACCGCAGGAACUUACCGCGAAAGGCUUUCGCAGGAAAUCUGCGUCCGGAGUAUCGAAUCCGCGCCCGGUUGAAGCAAGACUCCAAAAGAGGAAGAAAGAGGUGAUAAUAUUCCGUUUGGUUAAGGAAGAAGAAAAAGCGAUGGUUCGUAAGAAGAAAGAAAAGAAGAGUAAGAAGAAGAGGAAGAUAAGCUCUGAUCAGAUCUCUGCUCUGAAAUCCAUCCAUGAAUGGGUUUCUCUCGAUUAUCCUCCUCCGCCGCCCUCGGAUGAUGAUUUUCAGGUGCCAAAAAUCCAUAAUUUAUCGGAGCCUUUGGUCUUUGAUCUGCACUCCCAUUCCACCUGCAGCGAUGGCUUUUUGUCGCCUUCCGCUCUCGUCCAGAGAGCCCAUAGAAAUGGGGUGAAAGUACUUGCUUUAACAGACCAUGACACCAUGGCUGGCAUACCAGAGGCUGUCAAAGCUGCUCUUAAGUUUGGCAUCAGGAUAAUUCCCGGGGUUGAAAUAAGUACAGUAUAUUUUCCAAGGGGAGAGUCUGGAGCUGAGGAAUAUGUUCACAUCCUUGCAUAUUAUGGUUGUUGUGGUCCUGCAAGCUUUGAGGAACUAGAGCAUUGUCUGGCCAAUAUAAGGGAUGGGCGUUACCUCCGUGCAAAGAAUAUGCUAACGAAGCUAAACAACCUCAGAAUGCCUUUAAAAUGGGAACAUGUAAUGAAGAUAGCGGGCAACGGAGUGGCUCCAGGGAGGUUGCAUGUUGCCCGUGCCAUGGUUGAAGCUGGCCACGUGGAGAAUGUGAAGCAAGCUUUUAACCGAUAUCUAUAUGAUGGUGGACCUGCUUAUGCUUCGGGUAGCGAGCCUCUUGCAGAGGAAGUAGUUCAAAUGAUAUGUCGGACUGGGGGUGUGGCAGCUUUGGCUCAUCCAUGGGCAUUGAAGAACCCUGUUGCGGUUAUCAGGAGCUUGAAAACUGCUGGGCUUCAUGCUAUGGAGGUUUACCGAAGCGAUGGAAAAGUGGAAGGAUUCAGUGACUUGGCUAAUGAUUAUGAUCUUCUAAAGCUUGGAGGAUCGGAUUAUCACGGAAGAGGUGGUCACGAUGAAUCUGAUUUGGGAAGUAUUAAUCUUCCAGUUUUAGUCAUCCAUGAAUUCCUUAAGCUGGCGCGACCUAUUUGGUGCAAUGCUAUGAAGGAUAUCCUACUAAGUUUUGCCGAAGAGCCAUCUAAUUCAAACCUAGAGAAAAUUUUGAGGUUCGGUAGAAUAAAGAACCUUAAUGCGGACAUAACCUUACACCACAGCGAAGACGUUGUUGACCUGUGCCUGUCAUCUUGGUUAACGGACGAGGAAAGGCAGGCCGUUGAAUUUGAGGCUCUUAGGCAGAAGCUUUCUCAUACUGCCAUUGAUCAGGGAGGUUUCCAGAUGUCUGUAACAAGUAGAUGAUCUUUUAUUUUAUUAUUAUUUUGACGUUCGUUGUGUCCAGUUUUCCCUUCUUUUUUUUUUUUCCCUUUCCGUUUUACCUGAUGAGUCAUUGCUAGACCAACUUUUGAGUACCAUUAUAAAUGUGGGAAUUAGAUGAGAAGUUUCUGAAUUUGGUUCACUCAAAUUUACUGUUAUCUGAGGGAACACAAGAUGUAGCUUGACUUUGCAUUCCGUUCUUUCAUUGAUGGGAGUUGGUACUUGUUCCUUGGCUCUUGAGCCACAACUUUGAAGGGAAUGUCUCUAUCAUUUGGGGCUUGUGUAGUUGUUAUUUAUGUAUUGUGGUCAAGCUUGAGUCCUAGCAAGUAUAGUGCAAGGCUCACAAUAUAUUAUUCUUGGGUUCAACUCACAAGGGAAAAAGAUACACUUUUCCAUUUCAAAAGAAUUGGAUUUAUGUAAUGAUUGAUA